AUGGUGCUGAAAGAUGCUGUUAAUCACUGUAUAGAGCACAUUGUCUGUAAAGAAUCCUUUAGAAGGAUUGCCUUGAAGAAACAUAAAGCAGCAAAAAUUGGGAGUUUGGAAUAUCUUGCUCUACUUAUUGCUGGCAACGCCAAAAUUGACUUGAGCAACGACAGUGGACAAACAGCAGCAGACCUCACCCUGGCUUAUGGCUUUCUGGAAUGGGCCAAGUUCCUCAAAACAAUUCAGCACACUCAGAGAAUGAAACUGAGAGGACAAUCUGUCUACUCACUAAGUGACAAACAUGGCUUGCUGAGAGAGGAUCCAGCUGCACAGACACAAGAAAGCAAAACUAGCAGAUCCAUAGGCAGGAGAAGGAGGAGAUGAGAUGAUGUGUAG